AGCGUUGUGGACUGCUUGCACUAACUGUGUACACCAUCACUCACCUCUUGUGGAUUUAACAGGCUUGUUAAACUUUUGAGAUACUAUGAUGUCUUUCUCACUGCGGACGUCUCUGUUUAUUUCUGCUACACUGUGCAUGCUGCAGCAAGGGUUCGGAUAUCCACUUUCCGAAGCAUCCAGCGAUCCACCUGUUCUAAAGCGGGUUCGUACCAAGCGCUGCUCCUGUAGCAGCUGGUUGGACAAGGAGUGCAUCUAUUUCUGUCAUCUAGACAUCAUUUGGGUCAACACACCAAGUAAAAUCACCCCCUAUGGUCUCGGAAGUCCUCUGUCCCGUCGUCGGCGUUCGACUGGCCGUUGUGAAUGUGCGAUCCUGGCCGACCGUACCUGCUUCACUUUCUGCUAUAACAGCUCUGAAUACCCAGAUAUGGUGAUUGUGACCCAACUUAAUAACCAGUCAAACAACAAGGACAAAGCUAGUGAUCACCUACUCAUUUCUCUCAGGAAGGCAGUAAAGGAAAACCUCAUGACAGCUUCACAAUCUGUGUCGCCCAAAAAGAAAUCCAGAACUAUGAAUCUCUUGAUUAGUUAGAGAGAGAUGGGUUUGAUGUACUCACGAGCAUCUGAACAAAACAAAUCCUGGAUGAAGAGGAUUCAUUUGGGAUCUGCCUCAUAGGAAGCAGACACAACCCUAGCGGAGGUAUCUCAGAAUUCACGACAGAAAUACUUCAGCUGAGGACAAAGACACCUUGAUUUAUUUGGUGAAAAUAAGAACAGAUAAUCAUCUACAUGAGCGAAGUUGUGACAUUUCAAAAGGACUAAGGUGAAAUUUGAAGUGGUAGUCUACAUGAAUAUACUGCAGCCAGCCACAAUGCUAAAACCAUUUGAGAAGAUUUACAGGAAGUUAUGGUUGGUUGCUUAUAAGAUGAAGGUUGGAAUUUUUUUUUACGUUAAAAUAUUUCCUCCUGUGCCUUUUUUUGUGUGUGUGUGUGUGUGUGUGCGUGCUUUUUUUUUUUUGGAACAUGCCGACCAGGCCGACAAAGCAACAUUGGUACAACCAGUGGAAGACAAGGGUUGUUCAACCAUUAUUUAUGCCAUUUCAUUUGGUACAAUUCCCUUCACCUUUAACAAUGAAAUAGUUCCUUCUUGAAAAGAAAAAUUUUACAAUAUAGUCUUUAUUUUUGACACUGAACUGUUCUAUUAAUGGCAGAAAGCAUGUUUUCAUGUGUAACAUCUUUACUUUGACUUAUUGUUUUUAUAUGACAUUUUCUCUGUAUCAGAGCUUCAUUAAUAUAUAUAUAUAUAUAUAUAUAUAUAUAUAUAUAUAUAUAUAUAUAUAUAUAUAUAUAUUAUAUUUGAUUUCUUUUAUAUAUGUUUCUCUGCUUUGCAGCUUCUAUUAUCAAUGGCUCAAGAAAGUAUCUGAAUGUUCGAGAAAAGAAAGAAAAGCCGUAGCCCUUAGGAAUGUUUAUCUGUUUUCUUUGUACAACUCUUUUUUUUUUUUCCUUCAGUGAAGGUGGAAGUAUUUAUUGCAUGCUUUCUGUUCUGUGUUUUUAUUGUUCAGAAUGCCAGUAGGUUCAAUAGCUCAAAGCCUGCCAAAACUGCUGUUAUUGUUUUUCCUAAAGUACAAACAGGCUGCUGAGUAAUUGUCCAUUAUAUAAAAGACUGUACUGCACUGUAAACUUCACAUUACAGCCUCAAAAUACCCUCAAUGAAUUCUUGUUAUAACUGGCUAUUUAUGUACUGUAUAUUAUGCUUAUUUAUAUGUAGCGUUUUGACUACUAUUUUCAUAUUUAUUUAUGCCGAACCUGUCUUCUUUUUUCUUCAUAUUAAGAGAAGGACUAUUUAAGACUUUAAGACUCUGUGCUCUUUUUCACAGAUACUUGAAUGUUUAAACUUGAAUUGUUUACGUCCAGCAGUCAAUUUGUUUAUUUAUUUAAUUUAUAAUUAAAUGUAUUUAGUAUAAUUGAUCUGUACAUCUAUUCUCAAAUAAAUUAUAUAUUAUUA